UAAAUAAGGAUGCAAAAACCGGCGAGAUGUCGUCGCAUAGCGUGGCUUUUUGCAAUGAUGGCCAUUGUGCAAAACGGCGUUCGAGGUGCAGAAAUUGAAGAAAAAAAGAGUGUUCGUGGUCAGGGAACGAUUCUUCUCCUCGACGAAGAUAACUUUACAGAAGCUGUCCAGGAGCACAGUGACUUGCUAGUGCUGUUCUAUGCCCCUUGGUGCUCAGUUUCCAGAGGAUUCCUCAAAGAUUUCAUCAAAGCAGCUGCGAUUUUACAGAGAGAGAAAUCUUCGCCCGUGGCGGCGGCCACAGUGAACAUGAGGGAAGAAAAACGGCUCGUGGGCAGAUUUACGCUCCCAAACUUUCCCAUAAUAAGAUUUUAUCACAAUGGCAAAGCGACUCGAUAUCCAGGAGGAAGAGGGGUGAAGAAUUUGGUGAAAUGGGUCCAUUCGCAACAAGAAAAAGCGUCAAAAACCAGGACGGAAUAAUACUCAGAAAUUUGCAAUGCUGUAUAUAUGCAUUGCGCAGUCUCUGACUUUCGUUUGAUUCCAAAGAGAAAAGCGUAAAUUAUUUGAGCAUAAAUGCUACUGUCAAAAUCAAUGGAAGAAAUCACUCCAUAUAAGGUAUGGUAAUUAUGUUAAACUUCAAAGUGAUACAAGGGGUUCCAGUGUCAGUAGAGGUUUCUACUCACACCUGAAAUUUUCCUCACAAAUCAAGGGAAUAAAUCGACUGGCAAUCUUUCCUUUGAAGCUUCUCGGCUAUUUCAUUAUGAUCAAAUAUUGUGUCACAAAGAGCAGCCCUGACCAAUGCAUAACUUGAGAUUGAUUAUACAUUUGUGUGAUAAAUACAGAGUGAUUCCGAUACGAGAAGAGUUUACUUCCAGUUCAUAUACGGUAUU